AUGAUGAACAUGCGGAAUAUUAAGUUAUGGAUAUGCGUGUCGUGCUUGGUGUCAUCGCUCGCAGCUCCAGCACCUUCACAGAAUUCUCAGCUAUACCUUGACAUUAUAGACAUGGCAGCAAUCAGCAGAAUGUCACCACAGCAACUAGAGGUUUUGGCGGAAGGACUAGCAGCUGAGGAAAUUAUGAGGACAAAACGGUCAUCUGCCCAAGCGCUAACAUCAGUAGUGUCAAAAGCCUCAUCAGGCCUCCAAAGUAAAGUCGGUCUCCUUGGCCAAGCUUCGGCCUUCAUUGGCUCCGCCUCCGGCAAGACCAGUGGACACGGUGAUGAACACCAAGGAUAUUCUUACGAACCGCAUGAAGAAAAAUACGAUUAUUUGGGCCUGAAGAAAUCUAUUCUGUAUACUCUGUUCCAAGCUGUAAAAGCCAUCACAGGAGGAGUAACAAUUCUUAAAGGCCAGCUGAUCAAAGGAGGUGGGGCCCUAGCAGCAACUUUAGGCAAAGUCAUUUCAAGCAAAGGAGAUGCGGUUAGCAACCUUGGAAAGAAGAUUGUCAGCUCUGCAGCCCUCAGUCAUAAGAAACCACAUUGGAAUUAUUUUUAUAUGAACAAUAGUACUUCCACUUCUGAGAAACCCGUUCGUGGACGAGAUGCAAAAGCCCUUAACCUGCAAGAUUUAAAAUCUAGUCUGGCAACUGACAGAUUUGCUGAGUACGAUAAUGCUCCUGUGACAGAACAACAAAUCAUUGUAAAUGCUAGUGUGGAUAAACGUUUCAAUAUAGGCACGCAAGUAUUGAGUGAACUUCUUUUUGUUACCUCUACACCAUCGGACGAGAACAUAGUUGACGAAACUUUAGAUAUUCAAAGAAGAUUUGGAAUAGAAGAAGAGCUAGGGUUAACAGAGACUGUUACCGAGGUCUUAUUUACAAUCCCAGUGAGAGCUGAAGAUAGUCAGGAUGACAGUGAUGCGGGUAUAACGGAGCAGCCAAUUUUAGUUUUAAGAGAUUCAACAAACGGAUUUACGAGUGAUGAAAUUAUUUCAACAACUGUUAUGCCAUCUACUUUUGAUAGCGUUGAACUCGAUAAUGACUCUAAAGUAACCGAAAAAUCAGAAAUUGAAUUCAUAACAACUGAUGCACGAAGUAGAAUGGAGAAAAGUAAUUUUAUUUCUACAUUACUGACGUCGUCUACAUUUGAUGACAACACUGAAGUUCCUAAAACUGAAGCAAUUACAACGAAGCAACCUGAAGAUUCCUUAAUUUUAGUACAAUCAAAGAACAGUACAACACAUGUCUAUGGACCACCCCCUACCGCACACUUGGAGUACGGCCCCCCUACAGCUUACGGACCUCCAACUGCCCCCGCUCACUUCACAUCGCCCUCUGUAGCAACGGGAUACGCCUCACAUAAGUUCCCGUCUCAAUUAGAUGGACGAGGUAAACUGAACGGCGUACACGCAGGACUAGUCAUACUGACGCCUCUGGGUGAGCAGGCAGAGACUUUGGACACAGCACACUCAGGCCACACUAUAGAUCCACCUGCGUCAAUCCUGAACACUGUCUAUAGUGCUAUCAAGAGUGCAUUUUCUACGGCCUCUUCACCCACUGCUCCAGCUCCUGCUUCCUUAUAUAGUGUCCCGGAUAGCUCCUACGGUGCUCCUGCUCUUUCGUACACUGCUCCGGCACUUGAUGAUUUGUCAUAUCAGCCACCACCUCUACCUCAAUCCAUCCCAGAAUUCAAACCAAUGACUUGGGGCACUGUCAAUUCUUACGGUCAACCAGCUGCAGUAGACUCUUACGUCGAUUACGAUCCACGAAAUCCAUCACCUCCUUUUCCACCUUACGAAUACACAGCUUCAAAACGAACAGUAAUACCUACCAAACACAAACAAGGCUUGACACCUGAAAAAAUUCAAAAAAUCCAAGCUAAUAUAAAAAAACUUAAUGCUUAUAUAAAUCAACAACAAAGGUCAUCUGAAGAUUUCAAACUCACUGACUUAGAGACUUACAAAAAAAUGCUGCAAAAUGGGCAAAUUCCUUAUCUACCUACCCCUGUUGUUUCUGACAAUGAAAUUGGAGUACUCCCAGCCGAAGUCCUUGAUAUCUUAACCACAACCACAUCUACUUCCACAACCACAUCUACUUCCACAACCACAUCUAUUUCCACCACUACAACCACCACUGAAAAACCAAAGACAACCACAGAAAACGCACAGAACAGAAGAAAAGACGUCAAAUACUAUCUACGAGGAAACAAGAUCGUUCAAGUCUGA